ACGCAGGGUCCGGGGAGACCGGCUAUAGUGAACGCAGGGUCCGGGGAGACCGGAUAUAGUGAACGCAGGGGUCCGGGGAGACCGGAUAUAGUGAACGCAGGGUCCGGGGAGACCGGAUAUAGUGAACGCAGGGUCCGGGGAGACCGGAUAUAGUGAACGCAGGGUCCGGGGAGACCGGAUAUAGUGAACGCAGGGUCCGGGGAGACCGGACAUAGUGAACGCAGGGUCCGGAGAGA